GCCGGGCCCGGGCCGCGCCGGGGGAGGAGGGGGAGCAGCGCCGCCGCCGCGGCCGGGCCCGUCCCCCACCGGCUCCCCCGAACACCAUAGGCGGCUCCGGCACCAAGAUGUCCAACCGGGUGCUCUGCCGGGAGGCCAGCCACGCCGGCAGCUGGUACACUGCCUCAGGACCCCAGCUGAAUGCACAACUAGAAGGCUGGCUUUCUCAAGUACAGUCCACAAAGAGACCUGCUAGAGCCAUUAUUGCACCCCAUGCAGGAUAUACCUAUUGUGGAUCUUGUGCAGCCCAUGCUUACAAACAAGUAGAUCCUAAUAUUACCCGAAAAAUUUUCAUUCUUGGGCCUUCCCAUCACGUGCCCCUUUCCCGAUGUGCACUUUCCAGUGUGGACAUUUAUAGAACACCUCUGUAUGAUCUCCGAAUUGACCAAAAGAUUUAUGGAGAAUUGUGGAAGACCGGGAUGUUUGAGCGUAUGUCUUUACAGACAGACGAAGAUGAACACAGUAUUGAAAUGCAUUUGCCUUAUACUGCUAAAGCCAUGGAAAGCCAUAAGGAUGAGUUUACUAUUAUUCCUGUGUUGGUCGGAGCACUGAGUGAGGCAAAAGAGCAGGAAUUUGGAAAACUCUUCAGUAAAUACCUAGCUGAUCCUAGUAACCUCUUUGUGGUUUCUUCUGACUUUUGCCAUUGGGGUCAGAGGUUCCGUUACAGUUACUAUGAUGAAUCCCAAGGAGAAAUUUAUAGAUCCAUUGAGCACCUAGAUAAAAUGGGUAUGAACAUUAUAGAGCAGCUAGAUCCUGUAUCUUUUAGCAAUUACUUGAAGAAAUACCAUAAUACAAUAUGUGGAAGACAUCCUAUUGGCGUACUACUAAAUGCUAUCAAUGAGCUCCAGAAGAAUGGGAUGAAUAUGAGCUUUUCAUUUUUGAAUUACGCUCAGUCAAGCCAGUGUCGAAACUGGCAAGACAGCUCAGUGAGUUACGCAGCUGGAGCACUUAUGGUUCACUGAACUGCUGAAUGCUCAGGGAUGGCACCUGCACACACUCUGUAUACGGGGUCCCAGCCUAGCCCUUACAAAGAUACAGUCCCUGGUCUUUGGGUAUACUGAAACCUCAAACUAAUAGAACUUUCUUCUUUUCUAGUAGGUGUAGUCCUUCCUUAGUUUCAACUCAUUUAAAAAUGCUUUCUUGUUUGGGACAAUGGAAGGAAGAGUGGUAUCAAAAUGUUUUGUGAUUUUUAGGAAAGAUAAUAGCUGUGAAGGUAUGGGUGGCAGACAGUCCUUACAAAUACAACAUGUAAAGCAUUUACCAUAUCCUAAAUUUGCACUCUUUGCAGACCUGUGCACAUGUACUCAGCUUUCAGAAUAGUUUUGCAAGUUGUAAAUGGAAAAAAGGCGUGGAAGCUUUUUAAUAAAAGAAAAAAAGGAAAACAACGCAUUUAUAAAUGAUCCUGUAUUAGAAUAUAAUAAAACUCCAGUAUAGUCAGUUACUACCCGUGAUGUACAACAGAUAUCUUCUAUUUUAGUUGCUAAUAAAGGGCUACACAAACCAAAA